CCAGUGGUAUUGCUGAUCGAUGCAUUAUCCCAAACUUCGGCGGGCCUUUCCAAGUAUCGGACCUUCCAUCACUCUCCCUCUAUAAAAGAAGCUCCUCCAUAUGUUUGCCACAUCAAUCAUUUAAUCCUUAAUUCUUCGAUCAGUUUUGAUUAGUUGCUACACAGAAUUUGCCAUUCGUUUUUCUCUAAUUUCAAGGGCAAAUCAGAGUCUUGUGAAGACUAGUAGAAGAUGAGUUCAACAAGCAGAGCAAUUGUAGCAGCCAGCGUAGGAGUUGUGGAGGCCAUGAAAGACCAGAUGGGUCUAUGCAGGUGGAAUUAUAUUAUAAGAUCCGCUCAGCAAAGUACAAAGAACCAUCUCCGCUCCUUAUCUCGGGCAAAGAACCUCUCCUCUUCGACUUCUGCAGUGGUUUCAAGCAAAGUAAGAGAUCAGGAGAAAAUGAAGAAGUCGGAAGAGUCUUUGAGGACAGUCAUGUACUUGAGCUGUUGGGGUCCCAAUUGAGGCUUUGAUCAGUGAGUUUUUGGAGAACGUCAUUGCGGGAAGGAAGUCGGCCUAAAGCAUACAAACGGUACACUUUGUACAUGGCACGGCAGUGAGA